AUGGUGGCUUUGAAGGUAAUUAUAACACUCGCUUUGGCGCUUUGUGCUUGGACACAAACCAUCCCUGGACACAGUUCUCUUCAGCGUCAACUUAUUGCCAAGAGAUCUAGAGACGACAUUACAGAUGAAAUUUUCCUUAAUUUACCAGCAACUGAAAUUGAUUUUAUCAACUAUCAUAUCAAGAAUCUCACCGAUGCAAGUGGUUCCAAGUGUGAUAAAUGUAAAAACAGAUUGAAAUAUGCAAAGUCGUUGGUUGAAGAGUUUCCAGAACAAGAGCAUUUGGUAACAUUGCUUUUGUUUAAAGAUUGCACCAACAACGCAUACUACGCUGACUCGUGUUAUUACGAAGAGUUCUUUGUCACCACUCACAGCCAAAAUUUCGAAGCGUUUAAUGACAAUUUUGAUUCUGGGAUUACUUCAGGCACAAGUGUCAAU